UUUUAAUAAAGUCAUGUCAUCUCUUAAAAUUAUGUGUAUAUAUAUAGAGUAAUACUCGGGAUAGAUUAAUUCAUUCCUAGGUAAAUUGUCCAAAGAAAGAAUUAUUUCAUUUCGAUUAGUGUACAGUUUAUUGAAAUAAAUAAGGAUUUUUCAAAAUGAAGAUAGCCUUUUGCCUUACUUUUUUGUUGUCGGCUGCCUUAGCUGCCAACAUUAAAAUAACUCCUACUGUGGACAGUAAAGAUAUAGAAAUUCCUGAAUCGUUUGAUGCACGUACCAACUGGCCAGAAUGUUCUAAACUUAUUAGUGAAAUUGCUGACUGCGGUGCUUGUGAUACUGAGUGGGCUGUAGCGGUAGCUUCCGCUGCUAGCGAUAGACGAUGCAUUGCUUCCGGUGGUUCCCUACAAGUACCUGUUUCUGCAGCAAAUCUGAUGUCCUGCUGUACGCAAUGCGGUGGUGAUAUGAAAAAAGCAUGGAACUAUUGGGCUAAGAAUGGUAUAGUCACGGGAGGCAGAUAUCAGAGUGAUUUGGGAUGCAUACCUUAUACGGCUAGUAUGUGUGACCAUUUUUACCAAGUACGUGAAACAGAGUGUUUUAAUCAAUUUUGCAUUCAACCAGAGUGUACAGGUACGUGUGCUACCAAAAGUGGCUUAAACUAUACCAAUGAACUGACCUAUGGUGAAUCUAGGGCUGAAACAUUUGAAACAGUCGAGGAUAUACAGAGAGAAAUUUUACAAAAUGGACCUGUUACGGCUUCAAUCGAGAAGUUUGUUGAUUUUCCGUUUUAUCGUGAAGGUAUCUACUAUCAUGCUAGUGGCAAAUCGAUAGGUGGACAUUCAUUAAGACUUCUUGGAUGGGGUACCGAAAACAACGAAGCUUAUUGGAUCGCUGCUAACGCUUGGAACGAAGAUUGGGGCGAGAAGGGUAUAAUUAGAAUCAGAAGAGGUGUUAAUGAAUGUAACAUCGAAAGCGGGGUAUAUGCAGCAAAACCUAAACUUUAAACAAUUAUUACGUUUCAAUAAAGUUGUAUUGACUUCUUAAUA